GGAAGUGUGUAUAUAAAGCAUGGAUGGAUGGACAUUUGGCACAUCCAUAAACAGAGACAUAAAUGACCUGCUGGAUACAAACACCUCAGAAGAUGAGACCUGUCUUCUAUUUCUGCCUGCUGCUCUUCUCUGUUCAGAAAACAUCUGAACAGAUCAAUAAUACCACAACAGUCAGUGAUUCAACUGUAGCCUCACAAACUUCCUCGCAAACCAUGACCUACUCAAGCAUCAAUACCACAAGUGUUACAACAACGACCUUCAACACUUCAAGCACUCCAACAACAACCUACUCAAGUGUCGAUACCACAAUCACUCCACCAACGACCUUCACGACUACAGAAGCUCCAACAAUGACCUUCACGACUACAGAAGCUCCAAAAAUGACCUUCACGACUACAGAAGCUCCAACAACAACCUACUCAAGCGUUGAUACCACAAUCACUCCACCAAUGACCUUCACGAAUACAGAAACUCCAACAAUGACCUUCACAACUACAGAAGCUCCAACAACAACUUUCACAACUACAGAAGCUCCAACAACAACCUUCACGACUGCAGAAGCUCCAACAACAACUUUCACAACUACAGAAGCUCCAACAACAACCUUCACAACUACAGAAGCUCCAAAAAUGACCUUCACGACUGCAGAAGCUCCAACAAUGACCUUCACGACUACAAAAGCUCCAACAACAACCUUCACAACUACAGAAGCUCCAAAAAUGACCUUCACGACUGCAGAAGCUCCAACAACGACCUUCACGACUGCAGAAGCUCCAACAACGACCUUCACGACUACAGAAGCUCCAACAACGACCUUCACGACUGCAGAAGCUCCAACAACAACCUUCACGACUACAGAAGCUCCAACAACAACCUUCACGACUACAGAAGCUCCAACAACGACCGUUCACGACUACAGAAGCUCCAACAACGACCUUCACGACUACAGAAGCUCCAACAACGACCUUCACGACUACAAGCGCUCCAACAACGACCUUCACGACUACAACCGCUCCAACAACAACCUACUCAAGCGUCGAUACCACAAUCACUCCACUAACGACUUUCAGAACUACAAAGCUCCAACAACGACCUUCACAACUACAGAAGCUCCAACAACGACCUUCACGACUACAAGCGCUCCAACAACAACCUACUCAAGCGUCGAUACCACAAUCACUCCACUAACAACCUUCAGAACUACAAAAGCUCCAACAAUGACCUUCACAACUACAGAAGCUCCAACAAUGACCUUCACGACUACAAGCACUCCAACAACGACCUUCACGACUACAAGCACUCCAACAACGACCUUCACGACUACAAAAGCUCCAACAAUGACCUUCGCGACUACAAGCACUCCAACAACGACCUUCAUGACUACAAGCACUCCAACAACGACCUUCGCGACUACAAAAGCUCCAACAAUGACCUUCACAACUACAGAAGCUCCAACAACGACCUUCACGACUACAAGCACUCCAACAACGACCUUCACGACUACAAAAGCUCCAACAAUGACCUUCGCGACUACAAAAGCUCCAACAAUGACCUUCACGACUACAAGCACUCCAACAACGACCUUCACGACUACAAGCACUCCAACAACGACCUUCACGACUACAAAAGCUCCAACAAUGACCUUCACGACUACAGAAGCUCCAACAACGACCUUCACGACUACAAGCACUCCAACAACGACCUUCACGACUACAAAAGCUCCAACAAUGACCUUCGCGACUACAAGCAUUCCAACAACGACCUUCACGACUACAAGCACUUCAACAACGACCUUCACGACUACAAAAGCUCCAACAACGACCUACUCAAGCGUCGAUACCACUUCAUCAGCUCUUAUUACCAGCACAGCUCCAAACAGUCUUUCCACUCAACCCUCCACAACCCAAACUGUGGACAACAGUAGCACCACCACGACUACAAAACCAGCACCGACUACAACCCAAACCACUGUCUCCACCGCAGCUUCAGCCCAGUAUGUCCACUUUGAUCUUCUGCUGAUGUCUCUGAUGAUUCUUGUCAUAGUGGAACAUUAAUGCAAAAUUUUUGAUCCUCAGUCGCCCGGGAGCCAAAUAAUAUUAAUUAUUAUUAACUCUCAUUAACUAUGUGUGUUAAUUAUUUUGUAGUUUGCAGUCAGGGUUGCAGUUCUGUGGAGGUUUCAUGUCUAGAUCAUUCAAAUUUUGUGUGACGCAACACUGACCUCAUGUUGUACUGAUCUGAACACAGCCUUACUAACUCCUGUUGAAUGAACGCCACAUUUAUGACAACAACAUGACAAACAGAAUAGAUUUUGGAGUAAAACUGUUGUGAUUUCCGUUUUUCAAAUGCUUGUAAAUUUGUAUUAUGUUGAAUAUGUUCAGUUGGGUGAAGGGACUCAUUUGUUGGUCUGAAGUCAUUUUUAUGAUAGUUUUUUGUGCUUGAGCUCCUUAUUGAGCUUUUUACCUGCUGGAUGUGUGUACCUUUUGUUUACCUCCUGCUUUUCAGAGUAACCAGGAAUUUGUGCAGCACAUUUCAUUAUAACCGUUCAUAAUACAUUCACUAUAACUUUUCGUUUUCAACAAGCCAAAUGCAAAUCUUCAUCUGAUGUAUCUGAUAAGCACAGGACAUUUCCUGCAAUUUCGUUUUCAAUUUAUUUGACUCAUGGUCUUUGUCACGAACAUCAAUAAAAUUACAUAUAAACAUUAUAUAGUAUAAAACUAUUUUUUCCCCUUCUAAACCUUUAAGUUCACUCCUGAUUCCUCAUUUUUAUCAUACCUGUUUAAUGUUCUUCUAGUUCUGACACAAGGGUUAGAUUUGAUAAUAAUGUUUGAGCAUUCCAGCCGUUCCGCUGCUAUUGAACGUGUCCUACUUUCAUACAAUAUCACUGUUACUGAUUUGGGCUUAAGAAAGACAAAUCUAUCAUAUACUGUUUAAAUAUCUUUGGAUUAAAAACUCAUGGUGACAUGAUUCAGACCAAAUUAACCAUUGAGGUCACAUGUUCAUCAAGUUAUUUAUCUUAACUAUUUAUUGCAAAAGCAAAUAAUCUGUAUUUUCAUUUGUUGAUUAGAAUAAGACUCUUACUUAAAUUCCUAAAAUGUUUAAAACAAGUCUUUUUUACAGCUGCUUUACAGCAGAAUUGAUCAUUAUUUUCCUGUUUAUGACUGUAAAUCUGUAUUGUAUAAAGCAGAAAUGAAGGUGACUUGACUAGUAUGUCUUUAUUGAUUUUGCUUAAGUUUUAAAGAUGUUUACUGGGAAAAAUGACAAAAUAAUGUUUUGACAUUAAGAAAGACUUGUAUAAGUGUCAUGAUUAAAA